CUUAUCUGAAUGUCAAAGGAUGUGGAUGUAAUUUUAUCUCUUUACGGUCAAUGCUCAACUAACUCUCAACGGCCCUACAGGAAUUAUACUGGUUUAUCCUUUGUGUGGCUUGGUGUUCGGCUACCAGCUAGUGGGAGAUCACAAUUCACAAAUGGUUCUGCAGUUACCAGUGUACCACCACAACACCAUUGCCUAUAAAAGAGUCUGCUGAGAGAGAUAGAUCUUUCAUUCAUCAUUAGGGUUUUGGAGAAAAUGAUUAGAGCAGUGUAUUUUCUUCUCCUCCUCGCCUUCACCCUCACCUCCUCACAAGCAAGUUCUAUCAUUCCACGGCCACAACCUCGCUCAUCCUUCAAGGUCAACACUACCCAGGUUUACGUGCCGAGGCUAGAUGAUCCAGGUUCAAGAACAUUUGAACGAUGUUCAACGGACACUUUUGAUGUAGUUGGACCGUGUACAUACCAGGUUUACGUGCCGAGGCUAGAUGAUCCAGGUUCAAGAACAUUUGAACGAUGUUCAACGGACACUUUUGAUGUAGUUGGACCGUGUACAUACCAGACGCCUCAGCCUCAAAACUCUAAAUACACUGAAACACUCUCAUAUUCAAGCUCAAGGAUCAUGGGUGAAGUAAGGGACAACGAAGCCUACGAGGAAGAACUCCUCGACUACGAGGAGGAAGACGAGAAAGCCCCCGACUCGGUCAACGCAAAAGCCACUGGCGAUGCCGCCAAAAAGGGCUAUGUUGGAAUUCACAGUUCGGGAUUUAGAGACUUCCUUUUGAAGCCAGAGCUUCUUCGAGCUAUUGUUGAUUCGGGGUUUGAACAUCCUUCAGAAGGUAAUAACUACUUCCAUAUUCCUGAAUUCGGCCACAAAACUGGUUUGGUAAACAUUUCCAUUAAAGGAUCUGGGAGGUCAUUUUUUAUUUACUGA